AAAGGGGGUUCAAGGGUGGCUUGGUUGUCUCUCUCUCGUUCCCAUCUCAUUGGCGGCGGCGGUAGUGGUCUGAAGAAAGUUUCAGGGGAAAUGGGGAGAGGGAAAAUUGAAAUUAAGAAGAUAGAGAAUUUAAAUAACAGGCAGGUCACCUUCUCCAAGCGACGCAAUGGGUUGCUUAAGAAGGCCAAGGAGUUGUCUGUUCUGUGUGAUGCAGAGGUUGCUGUCAUCAUUUUCUCUAGCACCGGCAAGCUUUAUGAGUUUUCUAACACAAGCAUGGAGCACACCCUUUCAAGAUAUACCAAAGGCGUAGAAUUGGAUUAUACAGAGCAACCCUGUGAUGUGCCCCCAACUGAGGAGACUGAGCCUGAUACAAACCUUCUCAAGGAUGAAAUUAGAAAGCUUCGUUUAGCAUACUUAAGAAUGAUGGGGAAGGAGCUUGAUGGGUUGAAAUUCAAAGAGCUGCAGAACCUGGAAAAUCUGAGUGAAGGGAUACUAUCUGUUAAAGAAAAGAAGGAACAAGUACUUCUAGAUCAGCUUCGGAGGUCCAGAUUACAGGAGCAACAAGCCACGCUGGAGAACGAAGCUCUGCGCAAACAAAUUGAGGAGAUGCAGAAUAAAUCAAACACAACACACUUUGUAUAUGUGAAUGCCUUUGAUAGCAGGUUCUCCAUCAACAACUGUUCCAACCCCAUUUUCCACUGUGCCUCCCAUGAAAGAGAAGACCACUCUGACACUUGCUUGCAGUUAGGGUUGUCAACAGAAUUUGGUCGGAAGAGGAAAGCACUGAAAGUUGAACCCGGCAGCGACUCUCUACGGAGUCAACUGGCCUCUGCGUCGGAAAACAUUCCCUAGUUCUUCCUCUUCUUUUUUAUUCUAUUUUCCUCUUUUUUAAGUAUUUUAUGUUAUAGUCACCUUUAGAGAAGGUUAUAGUAAAAGGGCUAAUUAGUUAUAAGGUAAACCUGUAUAUAUUUUACCUAGAUGAUUACAUGUUGACCUGCAUGGUCCAUCGUUUUCAGUUGCCAAACUAAAAAAUUCCAAUCAUGCUCUAUUAUUUUAUAAGAGUACGACGCUACCA